AUGAUUUUGUCGAAAAUAAUAGCGUGCGUCGUCACGGUGGUGCUGUCGUCCGCGGUCGUUCAGUCGAAUCGAGACUUUGCUCAUCGUUUGACUACUAUUGAAGAUUUAGCCACUCGCGACAACGUCAUAAACGUGCCGGUAGCUUUGCCCACCGGUUACGUUGUGAACAGACCGUCCCAAAACAUAGCUGCUGCGGGAGAUCGUGUGGACGUUAACAAGGACCCGAGCAAAGAAGUUUCAGAAACUGAUAUGUAUUUACUAGGAGCUAUUGAAAAAUUGGUACAUAGAAUGGACUUAAUGGAAAAACGAUUGAAACGAUCGGAAGAACUCAUUCAACACAUUGUAGAAGGAAACGCAGCCAACAGAGAAGAUCCUUGUCCAGGAAAUUUCACGCGUAUCGCACACGCCUGUUAUCACUUUAGCGAGAGACAGUAUAACUGGAAGUCGGCCAUGUCGAUGUGCAAGAGUUUGGGCGGAAAUUUGUUAGAGUUCGACAAUAAAGACGAACAGAUUGACGUGCUGACGUACCUUAUCGGCGACAAGUACCUAAGAGGUUACGACUAUUGGACGGGUGGCCUAAACCCGGGACUGCUGUGGAUAUGGGCCAACAGCGCCCGGCCCGUGGUGCCCAAGGACUCGACGAGGCCCGAGGACCAGAUCACCGGUUCGGGCCGGUGUCUGCGCCUCACCCCGAACGCCGCUACCAAGGUAUACUCUUACUCGGGCGCCGAGUGCAGUAACCGGCACAGGUACGUGUGCAAGCACGAGGACAACGCCACUGAAAAGGCGCUGACCAGGAUACACAAGGCGCUUAAGGACGGAGGCCAGCAGCAGAAGCCGACGACGACGGUCUUCGGGUCAUCGCCACUGAUCGCGGCGGCCACCUUAUAA